CAGCACCUUUUGGGAGGGUGAGAGGUCAGUGAAUGGCUGGUGGGUGGGUGAAGGACACAGUGCCAACCAUGUGACACUGCCCACUCUUCCAGAUCCUGGAAAACACACCCCAGAGCCACGUGGACCACUCCUCCCUCAAACUGGCCCUGGAGCGGGCUGAGGAGCUGUGCUCACAGGUGAAUGAGGGAGUUCGAGAGAAGGAAAACUCAGACCGGCUGGAGUGGAUUCAGGCGCAUGUCCAGUGCGAAGGUCUCGCAGAGCAACUUAUUUUCAACUCCCUCACCAACUGCUUGGGGCCCCGGAAGCUUCUGCACAAUGGAAAGCUAUACAAGACCAAGAGCAACAAGGAGCUACACGGGUUCCUUUUCAAUGACUUCUUGCUUCUCACCUACAUGGCCAAGCAGUUUGCUGUUUCCUCUGGCUCUGAGAAACUUUUCAGCUCCAAGUCCAACGCUCAGUUCAAAAUGUAUAAGACGCCCAUUUUCCUGAAUGAAGUGUUGGUGAAACUUCCCACAGACCCUUCCAGCGAUGAGCCUGUCUUCCACAUUUCCCACAUUGACCGGGUCUACACCCUCCGAACAGAAAACAUUAACGAGAGGACAGCCUGGGUGCAGAAGAUCAAGGCGGCAUCUGAGCAGUAUAUCGACACUGAGAAGAAGAAACGAGAGAGGGCUUAUCAAGCACGCUCUCAAAAGACUUCAGGUAUUGGGCGUUUAAUGGUGCAUGUCGUUGAAGCUACAGAGUUAAAGGCCUGUAAGCCAAAUGGAAAGAGCAAUCCAUACUGUGAAAUCAGCAUGGGCUCCCAGAGCUACACCACCAGAACCCUCCAGGACACACUAAAUCCCAAGUGGAAUUUUAACUGCCAGUUCUUCAUUAAGGAUCUUUAUCAAGAUGUGCUGUGUCUCACGAUGUUUGACAGAGACCAGUUUUCUCCCGAUGAUUUCCUGGGUCGUACUGAAGUUCCAGUGGCAAAAAUUCGAACAGAACAGGAAAGCAAAGGCCCUACAACCCGUCGACUACUGCUGCACGAGGUCCCCACCGGGGAGGUCUGGGUCCGCUUUGACCUACAGCUGUUUGAACAAAAAACUCUCCUGUAGGGCUGGUGGAGGGGCUCAAGUGAUUGAACACUUGCCUAGCAAGUGUGAGGCUUUGAGUUCAAUCCCCAGUACCACCAAAAAAAAAAAAACCAGACAAAACUCUCCUGUAGGAGACUGGAGAAGACAGCAGGAGGGGACCUAACCCACAAGGCUGGGGCUGAAGAGCAUCAAACAGCUUCAUCUAUCACAAAGCCACGCAUGCUGGGGCCUGUAUUUUAUUGCACACUGAACUGCUAGCAAUCUAUGCAAACAUCUUCCUUAUGAAUAAACAAACCCACAGCACAGUGCCUUGUACUAGUGUUAACAUGUUCAGCUGUGUUAGAUGCCAGGGGUUCCAUUUUCAGGGCUAUAAAAGCAUUAUGUGGAAAUGUGGCGUCAGACCACCAGUUGUUACCACUGCGGAGUAGUUGAGGAAGGCGGAACCAUUCUACACCGUGUGGCCUCUACUGGGUCACAGCACUCAGGACGGGAGGGGUUGGGAUGAAAGGCUGCAGCCUCUGUUUGCAAGCCUCAUACUGAAAUAGCGUCUCCUUGUGCACUGAGAGAGAAACCUGAUCAUUUUCUUCCUGGUUCGAUUUUAUCAUUUUCUGCUAAGACAAUAGAGUUUGAAAUACAAGGGGAAAGCUUGAUGUACUUUAAAUACUGUGAACUCUAAUAAUGUGGAAAAUAUUUUUCAACUUUAAUUUUCAGAAGUAUAAAUUAUUUAUAUAAAUUCCUUGUUUUUGCAUAUUUCAUAGGACAUGCAUCUUUAAGCUUUAUCGUUGCCAAUAUGUACAG